GAAUGUUGAACAAGAUGACCUUACAUCCACAGCAGAUAAUGAUAGGUCCUAGGUUUAACAGGGCCCUAUUUGACCCCCUGCUUGUGGUGCUGUUGGCUCUUCAACUUCUUGUGGUGGCUGGUCUGGUUCGAGCUCAAACCUGCCCUUCGGUGUGCUCCUGCAGCAACCAGUUCAGCAAGGUGAUUUGUGUUCGAAAAAACCUUCGUGAGGUUCCUGAUGGCAUCUCCACCAACACAAGGCUUCUGAACCUCCAUGAGAACCAAAUCCAGAUCAUCAAAGUGAACAGCUUCAAACACUUAAGGCACUUGGAAAUCCUCCAGUUGAGCAGGAAUCAUAUUCGAACCAUUGAAAUUGGGGCCUUCAAUGGUCUGGCGAACCUCAACACUCUGGAACUCUUUGACAAUCGUCUUACCACCAUCCCGAAUGGAGCUUUUGUGUAUUUGUCUAAACUGAAGGAGCUGUGGUUGCGCAACAACCCCAUUGAAAGCAUCCCUUCCUAUGCUUUUAACAGAAUCCCUUCUUUGCGCCGCCUAGACUUAGGGGAAUUGAAAAGGCUUUCAUACAUCUCAGAAGGUGCCUUUGAAGGUCUGUCCAACUUGAGGUAUUUGAACCUUGCCAUGUGCAACCUCCGCGAAAUCCCUAACCUCACUCCACUCAUCAAACUGGACGAGCUAGAUCUUUCUGGGAACCAUUUGUCUGCAAUCAGGCCUGGCUCUUUUCAGGGGUUGAUGCACCUUCAAAAACUGUGGAUGAUACAGUCUCAGAUUCAAGUGAUUGAACGCAAUGCCUUUGAUAACCUCCAGUCACUAGUGGAGAUCAACCUGGCACACAACAAUCUGACAUUAUUGCCUCAUGACCUUUUCACGCCCUUGCAUCAUCUAGAGAGGAUACACCUUCAUCACAAUCCAUGGAACUGUAACUGUGAUAUCCUGUGGCUUAGCUGGUGGAUAAGAGACAUGGCCCCCUCGAACACAGCUUGUUGUGCCAGGUGUAACACUCCCCCUAAUCUGAAAGGGAGGUAUAUCGGAGAGCUGGACCAGAAUUACUUCACAUGCUAUGCUCCGGUGAUUGUGGAGCCCCCUGCAGACCUCAAUGUCACUGAAGGCAUGGCUGCUGAGCUGAAAUGUCGGGCAUCUACAUCCCUGACUUCUGUGUCUUGGAUUACUCCAAAUGGAACAGUCAUGACCCAUGGGGCAUAUAAAGUGCGGAUAGCUGUGCUCAGCGAUGGCACAUUAAAUUUCACAAAUGUAACUGUGCAAGACACAGGCAUGUACACAUGUAUGGUGAGUAAUUCUGUUGGCAACACUACUGCUUCUGCCACCCUGAAUGUUACUGCGGCAACCACUACUCCUUUCUCCUACUUCUCGACUGUAACAGUAGAGACUAUGGAACCUUCUCAGGAUGAGGCACGAACCACAGAUAACAAUGUGGGCCCCACUCCAGUGAUCGAUUGGGAGACCACCAAUGUAACCACAUCUCUUACGCCACAGAGCACAAGGUCGACAGAGAAAACAUUCACCAUCCCAGUAACUGACAUCAACAGUGGAAUCCCAGGAAUUGAUGAGGUCAUGAAAACAACCAAAAUCAUUAUUGGGUGUUUUGUGGCCAUCACGCUCAUGGCUGCUGUGAUGCUGGUCAUUUUCUACAAGAUGAGGAAACAGCACCAUCGGCAAAAUCACCAUGCUCCAACAAGGACUGUUGAAAUCAUUAACGUGGAUGAUGAGCUCACUGGGGACACACCCAUGGAAAGCCACCUGCCCAUGCCUGCCAUUGAGCAUGAGCACCUAAACCACUAUAACUCUUACAAAUCUCCCUUCAACCACACGACAACAGUAAACACAAUAAAUUCAAUACACAGUUCAGUGCAUGAACCGUUAUUGAUCCGAAUGAACUCUAAAGACAAUGUACAAGAGACUCAAAUAUAAAACAUUUACAGUUACAGAAAACAAACAAUCAAAAAGACAGUUUAUUAAAAAAUGACACAAAUG